AUGCACAAACAGGAGAAACAAAGAAGUGAGCGGAGAAAGAAUGGUUUGGAAGAAACUAUCUGUAGUGCCAAAAUUCGAGAGAACAUUGCUGACCCUGCACGUGCCGACCUCUAUAACCCACGUGCUGGUCGUAUCAGCACUGCAAACAGUUUAACUCUCCCAGUCCUCCGCUAUUUACGCCUCAGUGCUCAAUAUGUUCGUCUCUACCGGAAUGGUAUAUAUGCUCCACAUUGGAACAUUGACGCAAACAGUCUGCUGUACGUGAUUAGAGGAGAAGGAAGAGUUAGGAUUGUGAACUGCCAAGGAGACGCGGUGUUUGACAACAAGGUGAGAAAGGGACAGUUGGUGGUGGUACCACAAAACUUUGUGGUGGCGGAACAAGCUGGGGAGGAAGAAGGAUUAGAGUAUGUGGUGUUCAAGACAAACGACAGAGCUGCUGUUAGCCACGUACAACAGGUGUUUAGAGCCACUCCCGAAGAGGUUCUUGCAAAUUCUUUUGGUCUUCGUCAACGCCAAUUCACCGAGUUAAAGCGCAGUGGAAAUCGUAGCCCUCUGGUUCACCCUCAGUCUGAAUCUCAAUCUCAUUGA